UGCGCUUGUCUCCAGCGUGGGCUGCAGCUGCAGGAGGAGAAACUUCACUGAAGCCUGCGAGACCAGAUACCACGGAGCAGCCUCACCACGGAGCCGGAAAAGCACGGGAUCAUUAACAAUGACAACCAAAAAGCCGCAGAGCAUGCUCCGUGAAGCGUCACAUCAGAUUAUAGCCGGUGGAUCCGCUGGUCUGGUAGAGAUCUGCCUGAUGCAUCCUCUCGAUGUAGUGAAGACGAGGUUCCAGAUCCAAAGAGGAAGCAGUGACCCCAACAGCUACAAGAACCUGAGUGAUUGCUUUCGGACUAUCUACCGCAAUGAGAGAAUCUUCGGCUUCUACAAAGGGAUCCUUCCUCCGAUUCUGGCGGAGACACCAAAGAGAGCAGUGAAGUUUUUCACCUUUGAGCAAUACAAGAAGUUGCUGACUUUGACUCCUUUGUCUCCUGGCGUGGCGUUGUCUGUGGCGGGGCUUGGCGCAGGCUUGACUGAAGCUGUUGUCGUCAAUCCGUUUGAAGUGGUGAAAGUCAGUCUCCAGGCCAACAGAGACUCCUUCACAGAGCAACCCACUUCAUUCGCUCAAGCAAGGCGCAUAAUUAAGGCGGACGGAUUCGGACUGAGGGGCCUGAAUAAAGGACUAACAUCGACGCUGGGACGCCAUGGAGUUUUCAACAUGAUCUACUUUGGCUUCUACUUCAACGUCAAGGAUGCUAUUCCUACCAGCCCGGACCCGACCCUGGAGUUCAUGAGGAAGUUUGCUAUCGGCCUAGUGUCUGGGACCAUCUCCUCAUGCGUGAACAUUCCCUUCGACGUAGCCAAGAGCCGCAUCCAAGGCCCCCAGCCUGUGCCCGGAGAGAUCAAGUACCGCACCUGCUUCCAGUCCAUGACACUGGUGUACCGGGAGGAGGGGUACUUGGCUCUAUACAAGGGGCUGGUGCCCAAGAUAAUGAGGCUUGGACCAGGUGGAGCAGUGAUGCUGCUGGUCUAUGAAUACGUGUCUGGAUGGCUACAGAACAACUGGUAACAAAGGAAAUACAAAGAACACCCGAGAGACUGCCUUAUGGAUUGUACCUCAUUGCCCAUAACCCUAACGUCAGACCAAAUUAGAUGUUUAGUUAAAUACACAAUACACAACCAAAUCAACAUUACAAUACAUCUCACCAUGGCGCCGCUUUGUAAGGAAAAACUACAUCGUAGUUACUUUCCCAAGAAUUAAAGGACUACAUUACAGAUUUCUCCUCUCACUGGUUUGAAGUGGGUGGUGCUCAGUUGGGAAAAGGUUGUGACGUUGUUUGCUUACGUUGCCGGUACUGUCUGAGCAAACUACACCCACACAGUCCUCCAAGCAAAUGUGAAGAGUUCAACUCUACAAUAUUAACUAAGAAUGUUUGUUUCUCUCAUGAAGUAGCUUAUCUAGUCACAUACUUACUGUCAUAGUGCGAAAUACUUGAAACCAAGUGUUCAGAGGCUUUAAUUGUCCGUUUCAAAUGAAAUAAAACACCAAAAAUGGAUUGAAGGCAUAUUUACCAAAGGUCCUAAGAAGUUCACAAACUAGCUCUACACCCAUUAGACUAUAGAUCAUCAUUUUACAGAUGCACAUCACCCAUGUCAUCAUCAUUCACAUCUAAAUACAAUGUGCUUAUAUUAUAUGCAGCGUUUGAAGUCAACUACGCACCGGCCGCAGCGGAGAUUAGUCUCUACGCACACUUCUUUAUACACAACCGUGUAUGCUUGAUCCCAAAUAUAAACUGUGAUCAUAGCACUGAGCCUUACUCUAUAUUCAAACAAACCAAACAAUAGUGCCGGAUAAUUCUUCAUAAUAAUUAUUGUUUAGAAGAAUUUCCUAUACGCUUAUAUUGUUGAGGCCUAUUGCAGAACCUUUUUAAUGAACGUCUUUUUCAAUGAAUGAUAUUUUUAUAUCAUUAAUCUAUUAGUGGAAAAUAAAUUGUGUUAAUUUGACUUUUAUCCUGAUGUAGAAUAUCAACAUUUGUGAAGUAACUUACAAAUAAAACAAUACAAUUAAA